UUGGCGGAGCAGAGGAUAGCAAUAUACUCGGAGUGCGCAGCGAGGACGAGUACGUGCAUACUCUCGCUGCUGACGAUGAUACCGUGCGCAAACGCACUGAACUUUAACUCGAAGGCGUUCGGGUCGCUGUGGUACAGUUGGAAAAGGUACGGGUUCCCACUGGACCUGUUCAGAGAAGAUAACCCAAUCUACCCGUACUUCACAGAGGCAAUGGUGCCUCUGCUGAGAAACACGUCAGGGUACCUGAUAGGAAUCACGGACCUGAGGAUGCUGACGAAGUUCGCAGAGCCGCCGACGCUGAUAUUUGACCUGGAAGACGAGGCGAUAAAGCUGAGAACGAGAGAUCUGCUGGGAUUCUACUCACCCUCAUUCUACGAAAUCAGCUUCUUCAACGACUUCGAAAUCUUCGAGGACGUGGAAAUCGAAGAUGAGCCGCUGAAAAUGGUGCUGGACACGAGCGAAAGCAUAUUCCACUUCGUAGGAGACUACCUGUCGAAGGCGCCCUCGGCAAUAAUACACCUGGGAGGAAAAGCAAGUAAGAUAUACCACAUAGGAAGAAGCCUGGGCUCGAGAAGACACAAGGAGAGUUACCUGAGGCUGUUCGACGUGUACUUCCCAGGAGCACUCCCGAAGUUCCUGAGGUUCUCGAAGAAGCCGCCGAAGUCGAAGAAGGCGGAUCAGUCGCAAUCAAAGUCGCAGAGAGAAGGAGAACCUGAGGGAGAAGACGACAUGGUGGGAAAGCAGGAAAGAGUGACCAAGUACCACAAGAAGAAGAAGGCGAACACGCUGGAGGAGCUGAAGGCGCAGUGGGACAAGGUGAUGGAGUCGGACACGGAGGAAAAGCAGAACGACAUAGGCAUGGAGGAGGAUCUCGCGGAAGGAGAGCUGGAGCAACCGGCGUUCACGUUCAAGGUGAUGUUCGACAAGAUGCGCAGAAGAAGCGUGAGCUACAGAUACCUGGACUACAUAGAGACGCUGAAGUCGGACGUGCAGAACGACAGGACGAAGGAGAUCGAGUACUCGAUCUUCACGAGAAUACAGCCGCUGAGAGACUUUUUGCUCAAGUUCCUGAAGUCGGCAGCCUACGCAGGAGGAAAGAGAAGGCUGACCUACCACCUGGUGAUGGACUUCACGUUCGACCUGGACUCGAUGGUCGACUUCAACAACCCGGUCGACGGAGCGUACGUGGUGAGGGACGGAAAGUUCCUGCGAGGGCACAUGGAGGAGCCCGACUCCGACGAGGAGGACCAGGAGGAAGAGGAGCUGAACAGGAAGAGCUACCUGAUGGAGGGCGACGAGGAGGUGGUGACGAAGGUGCCGGCGAUGCUGGCAACCUUCAUCCUGGAGCUCCACAACAACUACUCGGUCGACUUCUUCGAGCUGUGGAUACAGACGAAGAACUUCGCGGAGUUCUUCAACAACCACAGCCUCGAGGUGUUCAACGAGCCUGUCUUCAACCUGUCGAACAACCUGGCGAAGUACACGUACCCGAACGGGGACUUCUACGUGGGAGAGCUCUCGGACAUGCUGAGGGACGGCAAGGGCUCGUACGUGUCCAAGGACGGCUCGAGGUACGACGGGACCUGGAAACGGGAUAAGAGGCACGGCAAGGGCACCAUGGUGACAAGCGAGAUCAAAUACACAGGAGAGUGGAUCAACGAUAGAAAACACGGGUUCGGAAGAUUGGAAGCACAAGGAUACAGCUACGUUGGAGACUUCAGACUCAACAGGUACCACGGAAACGGAACAAUGGUCUUUAAAAACGGAGUGAAGAUGAAGGGAGAGUUUAGAAACGGAAAAUUCGAAGGAAAGGGAAUAAUGAGCAUGCCCGACGGAACAAUAAGAAUGGGAACGUUUAAAAACGGAGUGAUAACAGGAGUGUGCUCAGUGAUAGACAAGGAAGGAAGGUUGUACGUGGGACAGCUGUACGGAGACCAUUUCCACGGAAAAGGACUGCUGAAGUACAACAAGCAGACGACGUUUGAAGGAUUCUGGGUAAAGGGAAAGAGAGAAAAGCAGGGCAUGAUAGUGAACAAGGUGGCAAACUCGACGAUCAAGAUCGAAGGAGUCUGGGAAAACGACAACAUGCUCAUGAACGAAGUGCUCAUCACGUUCCCGAACGGAUACAAGUAUAACGGAGCACUGAGGUACUUCCCAACGCUGGACAUAGACCUUAACCAGUUUAAGGAUGACAGGGACUUCAGGAGCAUGGACCCGAAGCCCUCGGACGUGGACGUGGUGGCGUUCCUGCAGGACUUCAAGAAGCUGAACAACAGACUGCUGCCGCACGGAAACGGAAUCUGCAAGGACACGAACGGAGGAGUCUACAACGGAGGAUUCCACUUCGGCUCGAGACACGGAACCACGUCCGAAGUGUUCCCCAACGGACUCAUCUACAGCGGAGACUACUACCUGGGCAAGUUCCACGGACACGGAAAGCUGCACCUGCAGUCGAACGAGAGCAUUCUGCUGGAGUACGACAAGGGGAAACUGCUGAACGAGGAGGACCUGAGGGGCAAGGAGGCGCUGAAGGACCUGCUCAGCCGCGAGUUCACGGUCUUCGAAAAGGACUUCACGAGGUAUAAGCUAGACUUUUUAGUUGAGGUAAUGAAGUCGACGAGCACAUUACAAAGCAGCGCGAGGGGCGACCAGACGGUGAACGACCUGAUCAGGUUGAACUAG